CCCUCAUGACUUUUAAGGACAAUCUAGGAGGUGCAUUCACCACCUGGUAAAGUCAUUGAACUGUCGAUUUGAAGUUGGAUUGACUUUCCUGUACCUGUGGAUUUAGGUCUCUGAGGGACGUCAAUAUGAAGGUGCCUCCCUCGUCUCUGAUUACCUUUACUGUACUCUUGAUUCAACUCUCCGGUGCAUCUGGCGGCAAAAUCCUGGUGUUCCCAUUGGACGGAAGCCAUUGGAUAAAUAUGAAAGUACUUAUCGAGGAGCUGCAUGCCAAAGGCCACGAGGUCACUGUGGUUCGGCUGUCCGAUAGCUGGUACAUCAGUGAAAAGUCUCCUCUCUACACUUCUGUCACUAUUCCCAGUCCUGGUGGAUUUGAGCAAAACUACUUCGAAGCCUUCUUGUUUCGACAGCUGGAGAUCCGUCUUCAGGGUAGGCAUGCAUCUUCUUGGUAUAAACUCUGGUCACAUAUUCAGAUCGAGCUGCUGGUUGUUCAACAGUUCUCUCUGCUCCACAAGGCAAUGAGUGAAGUGGUCGUUCAAAUGUUUGAAGAUGAAAACCUGAUGCAAUCUUUUCAUGAAGCCAAAUAUGAUGUGGUUUUGACUGACCCUGCUGUCGGUGUCGGGGCAAUGCUGGCACGUCGGCUCCGAGUUCCUCUUGUUUUUAAUGUCAGGUGGACCAUUCAAGGUGAAGCUCAUUUACUUAUUGCCCCCUCACCUUUGUCAUACAUUCCUUUCACUGCAACAGAGUUGACAGAUAAGAUGACCUUUCUACAAAGAAUAAAGAAUGUUUUGAGUUAUAAUUUCGGGAUGUACACAAUGUCAUACAUCACAGAACCUAAUUACAAACCAGUAAUUAAAAAGUACUUUGGUCCUGAUGUGGAUUACUCCACGUUUUUUCUGGAUGCAGAUAUCUGGCUUAUGAGGAAUGAUUUUGUCUUUGAAUUUCCACGUCCAACAAUGCCAAAUAUAAUCUACAUGGGUGGAUUUCAGUGCAAGCCCCCACAGCCACUCCCUGCAGACUUGGAGGAGUUUGUCCAGAGCUCUGGAGAUCACGGGGUCAUCAUGAUGACUUUAGGAACUUUGCUUGGGAAGCUCCCUCAAGAUGUUGCUGAGGAGAUUGCUGCAGCAUUUGCCCAGCUGCCUCAGAAGGUCGUAUGGAGGUAUAUGGGACAAAGGCUAGCCAACCUGGGCAACAACACAUUAUUGGUCAACUGGCUGCCACAGAAAGACCUUUUAGGACAUCCCAAGACGCGUGUGUUUGUGACCCACGGAGGCACUAAUGGGGUUCAGGAGGCAAUUUACCACGGAGUUCCUGUAGUUGGACUUCCUUUAUUCUUUGAUCAGCCUGAUAACCUCUCCAGAAUCAGAGCGAAGGGAGGAGCUGUGAUUGUUGAUAUUGCUGAGCUUGACAGGCACAUCUUUGCAGAUGCCCUCAAGACGGCUAUUUACAAUUCCUCUUACAAGGAAAACAUGCAAAGGCUCUCAAGGCUGAGCAGAGAUCAGCCUGUGAAACCACUGGACCAGGCAGUGUUUUGGAUAGAAUACGUCAUCAGGCAUAAAGGAGCCCGUCAUCUGCAGACUCAGUCCACCAAAAUGUCCUGGUUUGUUUACAACUGUGUUGAUGUCAUUGCUGCUUUGAUGGCAGUUGUUUUGCUUGUAACAUUCACCUGCAUUUCAAUUGUACGGUUACUGUGGAGAAUUAUUUUAGUUGGGAAAAAAGUUAAACAUGAAUGACUUAAAAAAUGACAUGUUGCUUUUGUUUUACCAACAUUAACCCAACAGUUUUCUGUGUGAUGUUGCUAAAGUUGACAGCAUUGGUAUAAAUACUGUAUGCCGAGUUGUUUGGUUCAUAAAAUAAGAUCUCACCUCAUUUAAAAUA